GUAUCCGGUGUAGAGUUGCAUCACAUUUUCGUCUGUGCUGUGUGCAGUAUGAUCGAUGUGGAGCCAGUAUACUCGAGCUGCGGGUGUAACAGAACCCCACAUUGUGUUGAUUGGUCAUCUUCAGGAAUAAUUUGUUAUGGGGCUUGUCACGCUGUGGCAAUUUAUCAACCAGAAGGCUAUUCAGAUGGACAUGGUGCUGUAGUCCACACUUGUGUGAAGCACAAAGACCGUGUGAAUUGUGUCAAAUGGAUUCAAAACUCAAAUUUGGAGACAUCUGAUGAACGGUUUGUGUCAGGGUCUGUGGAUAAGACGGCCAUUGUGUGGAAGAAGGAUGGUGAUUAUGAGUACAAAGCUGUAGCAGUACUUGAUUUCCACUCUGGACCAAUCACAACAGUGAAUGGUAUUGAAGUAUCCAAUCAAAAUGUGACUUAUAUAGUCACAGGAUCCACAGACUCCCAGCUGGCGAUAUGGAGGGAUUCUGGAACAAAUGAUUUUGCGCCAUUGCAGAUAAUUAACUUUGGUACAGGCUUUGUUCUUGACCUCUCUAUGGUGUGCUUGCCAAACACAGAUAUUCCUUUAAUGGCCUGUGGAUGUGAUGAUCAUAAGAUUCAUUUAUACAGUUUACAAGAUGAUCAAAAGUUACACCAGUUUUACAAGAAGGUGAUUUCUUUGCAAGGACACGAAGACUGGGUGAGGGCUGUCGACUUCUGUAUUGAAGACAGCGGAGAUGUUAUGCUUGCAAGUGCUGGGCAAGAUUACUUGAUCCGAAUCUGGAGGUUGUCAAGACGACAGACAGGGGAUGAUGAUGUCAUCAAAUCUGUCCAGCAAUUAUCCAUAGACGAGGAGAUCAAAAUGAGGGAAAAUACCAUCACAUUUAUGUAUAAAGGUAAGAAGCACAUGUUUGCAGUCACCCUGGAAUCUGUGUUAAGCGGCCAUGAGAACUGGAUUUACAGUAUUCGAUGGCAAUUUCCUCUCUUAAUGGAAAAAGGAAAUCACCAGCCAUUGAGAUUGCUCUCUGCUUCCAUGGAUAAGACAAUGAUAAUCUGGAGACCUGAUCUGGAAUCUGGAGUCUGGAUUGAACAAGUGCGAGUUGGAGAGGUUGGAGGGAACACCCUCGGUCUCUACGGAGGAAUGUUUGCACCGGAUGGCAAAUCUAUUUUUGCCCAUGGUUACCAAGGCGCCUUUCAUCAAUGGUUAUAUGAUGAGCCCAGUAACCUUUGGAAACCAGUGGUCACUGGAGGUGGUCAUUUUGAUGAAGUGGAGGACCUAGACUGGGACACCGAUGGUCAGUUUGUCUUGACCGUCUCCAAAGACCAGACCACACGUCUACAUGCACCAACUACAUGCAAUCAAGGAAAGGAAAUUUGGUAUGAAAUUGCUCGUCCUCAAGUCCAUGGUUACGAUCUUCAAUGUGUGACGAUGAUCAAUCGGUACAAGUUUGCAUCAGGUGCGGAUGAAAAAGUCGUCCGAGUGUUUGAAGCCCCUAGAAAUUUCAUAGAGAAUUUCUGUACUCUGUGUAGUGAAGACCUGAAAACAGAACUCCAGAAAGAGGAGGCCCAUAAUCUCCCUGAAGGAGCUAGUGUCCCUGCCCUGGGGCUGUCAAACAAGGCCGUGUUUGGUGCGGAGACAAUUUCAGUGGACAAAGAACUACAGCCCCACCCUAAUGACCAGUAUCCAGAGGUUUACUUCUCACCUAUGACACUAACAGAGCCACCUACUGAGGAACAACUCCUUCAAAACACAUUAUGGCCAGAGACCCAGAAGUUGUAUAGACACGGUUAUGAGAUUUUCUCUCUAGCUUGUGAUCCCAGUGGUAAAAUUCUAGCAUCAGCAUGCAAGGCUGCAAAAACGGAGUUUGCUGGGAUCAUUCUUUGGGAUUCAUCAAACUGGACUCAGUUAUGUACGUUGAGUAGCCACACUCUCACUGUUACGCAGAUGGUAUUCUCACACUGUGGUAGCUUUCUGUUGUCCGUGUCAAGAGACAGAACAUGGGCCGUGUAUCACAAGAGGACACCAAACCAGCCACAAUCAGAUCCUCUGUUCACCAAGUUGAUAGGGACUGACAAGAAAUCAGCAGUUCAUUCUCGGAUUAUCUGGUCUUGUGCCUGGAGCUCUGAUGAUAAAUAUUUCUUCACAGCAUCUCGAGACAAAAAGGUAAUUGUCUGGCAGAACCCUGGUCUCAUUAAGGAUACCACUGCAUCCCUUCAUCCUGUAGAUUCAGUAUCUCUGUCCGAGUCGGUCACUGCCAUAGACGUUUCCAGUCACCUUCUACCUGAGAACAGACAUUUGUUGGCAGCAGGCCUGGACAAUGGUAGAAUCUGUCUGUACAUGUGGACACAAACGUUAGAUUCAUCAAGUGGAUGGGUGCUUAUUGCUGAUCUGGAUCAAGGAAUAUCCCAUCAUUUAACUGUGAAGAGGAUACGAUUUUCCCCUCAUCUGAAAGACAAUAGCAUACAUCAAUUUGCCAGCUGCAGCUCAGAUCAUAGUGUAAAAGUGUACAGACUGGACCAAAAGAAAUUGGAAAAGGAAUAUUUUUCAGAAUUUGUUUGAUAUCAAUUAUGCCUCCCCAUUCAAGGACCCAAUAGAGUUGAACAUCAUCAUGGCUGAAGAGAUUUGAAGUACCAAGUCUUAACACUGAUAUGGGCCAAGUAUGACGUUUUCAGGACAAAUUAUCAAGCUUCUGAUGGAGAUUGAAUAUUUUGUAAAUAGUUAUGAUAUUAAAGUAUACUUUAUGGAAAAUGUAUGUUCAGAGGGAGUGUAAAUAUUUUACAAGUUCGAAUGCUGGAGCUUACAGGAAAGUUUUUCAAGAACUGCAAUAUAAAUAUCAACUGUCUCUCGCUUCUCUUUCAAAACUAGAUAGACAUAUAUUUGUCUGGGUUUGUAACCAUAAAUACUGCAGGGUGAUGUAAAGACAGAAGAACAAUUUGACAUCUUAAAUAAUAAAUUAAAAACAAGAUUGCUACAUGUAGCCAUUUUUCCACUGCCGCCACUGCAAAAAAAGUUGGAGCGCAAAAGUCCCAUAACACUUGUAAAAUUUAUAGAAUCGAAAUAGCGGCAUAUGAUCAACUACAUGUUUUGACUAUGUGUCCGAGGAGUUGCAUCCACAAAGUAUUCCUAUAGUGUAGCAUGUACAAAUUCAACAAAGUCCAUAACUCCUGUAAAAUUUGUUGAAUCAAAAUGGCGGCACAAUAUGAUUACCGGGAUAACUACAUACGGUGACCAAAUAUCUUACAAAAGUUGAACAAAUUUGUUCAUCGGCUUCAGAAGAGUGGAACCCACAAAGUGUUCAUAAAGUGUAGCAUAUACAAAUUUAUCAAAGUCCCAAAACUCCUGUAAAAUUUGUCCAAUCAAAAUUAAAUGUCGACGCAAUGUGAUCAACUACACAAUAUGGUGACUAACAAUCCUUCAUGAUUUGAACAAAAUCUGUUUAAGCAGUUUCCGAGGAGUUGCGUCCACAAAGUCAAGUGUGAAGAACAGACAGAUACGAGUAUUUCUCAUAAUGUCCCCUUCCGCAAUGCGGCAGGGGACAGAAAUUCUUGUAGUAUAUAUACGCUCUCAAUCAAUGACAAAAUCCAAAGAAAUUUUCUGAUAAGAGAGGAGAGACAUUUUGGGUCCUAUAUAAAAUUACAUGAACCAGUGGCGAAUUCAUGAUAAAUGGCGCGAUGAUUUCUGGGCGAAUAGCAAGUAAACGAACGAGCCAAUCUGGUCCGAUUGCAUUCAGAUAAGUAAAGGCAGUCAUCAUGGGGAUCUCAGCUGUUUUAGCGAUUUUAAUCAAAUGAUACAGAUAGGAAUUUGCAAGACUAUGACAUGUAAUGGUAGAGAUGCCAGCUGAAUGUAGCCAAUUGGACAAAAGCAGGAUAUGAUUGAAUAUCAUUGUUUAAUAUGAUAUACUUUUUAAUCACACAAAUAUUUUCUAAAGAUAAGGAUGGCAACUUUAUCAAGAUUGUAUUUGAUUUGGUUAAUUUAUAUUCCGAUAUAUACAAAUAAGGAUCAUGUGAACUUGUCUUUCAAUUUGUACUUUAUAUGAACUGCAGACUUUCGGAGAAGAAUAAAAAUAAGAUGAAGAAUCAAA